AACCACAUAAGUCACUUACCUUCACAGUUGCAGAAUAGGAGGACAAUGCCUGAGCAAGCUAUGGAGCUCCCCGCCAUUGAUUUCAGUGAUCUUGAAGGUGAAAACAGGAGCAAGGCCAUGGAGAUUCUGCACGAUGCUUGUGAGAACUGGGGUUUCUUUCAGGUUCAGAACCAUGGGGUUGAUGGCAAGUUGAUGGAGAAAGUGAAGCAGCUCGUUGAUCAACACUACGAGGAAAACCUGAAAGAGAGCUUCUACCAGUCAGAGACAGCCAAGAAGCUGAAUAAGAAAGAAAACCCAUCUGAUGUAGAUUGGGAAAGCAGUUUCUUCAUCAGGCACCGUCCUACCUCAAACAUCCAUCAAAUCCCAAACCUGCCUCAGGGUUUCAGCAAAACCAUCGAUGAGUACGUUGCUGAACUGAUAAAGCUAGCAGAGAAACUCGCCAGCCUCAUGUGCGAGAAUCUGGGAUUAGAUGAAAGUUUCAUCAAGGAGGCUUUCUCUGGGAAAGAGGGUCCUGCUGUGGGGACUAAAGUUGCUAAGUACCCAAAAUGUCCUGAGCCAGAACUUGUGAGGGGGCUCCGAGAGCACACUGAUGCCGGCGGGAUCAUACUCCUGCUUCAGGACGAUCAGGUUCCGGGGCUCGAGUUCCUGAAAAAUGGGGAGUGGUUCCAGAUUCCUCCAUCCAGGAACAACACCAUUUUCGUGAAUAUAGGUGAUCAGGUGGAGGUCUUGAGCAACGGAAGGUACAAGAGUACUCUGCAUAGAGUCAUGGCUGACAAGAAUGGAAGCAGGCUCUCCAUAGCCACGUUUUAUAAUCCAGCUGGUGAUGCUGUUAUAACUCCAGCUCCGGAGCUUCUCUAUCCCCACUCAUAUACUUUUGGUGAUUAUCUUCAGCUCUAUUCUGCCACAAAAUUUGCAGAUAAGGGGAAGAGAUUUGAGACCAUGAAGGAACUUGCUAAGGGGAGCAAUGGCUUCCAUGACUAA